AUGCUGUUGACCAUUCCAGCAGUCGUCGAAGGCCAUGUCGGCUCAGAGCAAGCCGCGCGACUGGUAGCCCUCUACCGGCGCCUUUGGAAAUCUUACGUCGGGCAGCAUUCCGAGAGCUCGCGCCUCAAAAAGGAAAACAGUCAGUUUCAGGUGGCCCACGCCUGCCUCGUGGGCGAAAACACCCAGUUGAACCGUCGCUGCCGGGCCGAAGAAGCCCGCUCGUGCGACUUUCGAGAAGUGAUGCAAGAAUUGCGAGAAGAUGUGCUGGAAGUGUUCGAAAAGUGGGAGGAUCCCCAGAUGACGGAGACACCCGUAGCGGGCGGCACGGCCAAACCGACGCUGGCGAACGAGAACGUGGCGGUCGUUGUGCCCGCGGUGCAUUUCCAAGGCGACCAAGGCACCAGCGCUUCAAAAUAG